AUCUGGCGCCUACAUUACCCACAAUGCAACUGAAUCCUCCGGCCAGUGUUUUACGCACUCCCGGCGCGCAGGGUGGAGUUUUGGCGCCAAUGUAAAGGCAUCGGACUUUAAUCUACAGAACAUUUAGCGAUGGCCGGAGCUGUGAGAGUGAUGGCAGCAGAUAAGCAGCUUGCCGUGGUGCGGAGUACUUUUGUGGAGAAGGUGUCCAUAGCGGUGAUCGGUCAGCUCCUGGACGACCUUUCAGAGGACGGUGUCUUGAACGACCUGGAGAGAGAGUCGAUACUGGAGCAAAAUUCUACCAGAGUAGACAAGGCACGAGCCCUCAUUGACACAGUGAAGAGGAAAGGAGAUGCACCCAGCGCGAGGAUGAUCGCUCGCCUUCAAAGCAGAGAUCCGGCACUUUACACUUUACUGGAUCAGACUCUGGCUUAGUCUUCGUAACACACCAGCCACAGAGUCUCAAGAGGAGCAGAACCGGUCGUUCCCCAUCAUCCCGACUGCUGGUUCUCUGUGGACGGAGUGAAAGAAGAGUGAUUCUCAACUUUUAAAGCUCUAUUAGAAAACUGAUUUGGUGCUUCUCUGUAUAAUUUGAAAACUCUAUAGUUUUACUGCAAAAGAAUUCUAUUAACUCAUCCCCAGCCAUUAUCUAAAGAACAAGUGAAUAUCUUAAAUAUCUUUGCAAAUCAUGUCUCUCCCUUUUAUAUGAAUGUUUUGGGUUUUUUAUGAAUUUGUCAUUUUUUAGCUGCAGGAGUAGAGCUAAAGUCAAGUCUGUGAUGUCAGAUCCACUUUCACUAUGUACAGUAAAUUAGUCAUUUUGAUAUUGAUUGAAUUGAUCUGUCACGUGACCAUCAGGGGUUGUGGGAUAUUUUUCACAGACAGAAAUAAAGUUGCAGAUUCUAACACAGACAACAUCCUGUACUGGGACAAGGAGAAUCUGUUCAUUGUAAAACUGACUUGGAAGCUAUUAAACAGAAUUAAAUGCC